AUGAACUAUCAGCGAGAGGAUCUGCAAGUGAUGUUGAACUUCUCAAAGGAAUAUGAGAAAAAGCUUGGGAUCAAGAUCACUUGCUCGCAAGAGACUGAGCCUUUAGGUACUGCUGGUUCUUUGGCUUUAGCUAGGGACAAACUCGUUGACGAUUCUGGCGCGCCCUUCUUUGUCCUUAACAGCGAGGUUAUGAGCGAAUUCCCGCUGGGAGAACUGAUUUGGUUGCACAAUUGUCGUAGAGGAGAAGCCUCCAUUAUGGUGACAAAGGUGGAUGAGCCGUCGAAAUAUGGAGUUGUGGCUAUGGAAGAAAACACCGGGAAAGUGGAAAGUUUUGUCGAAAAGCCGAAUCUAUGUGUUGGUUACAAGAUCUUUGCUAGGAUUUAUCUUUUGAAUCCAUCAGUUCUUGAUCUCAUCGAGCUAAAACCGACUUCUCUCGAGAAAGAGAUCUUCCCUCAGAUCGCAGAAUCGAGAAAUCUCUACGCGAUGUUGCUUCCCGGGUUCUGGAUGGACAUUGGUCAACCACGAGGUUACAUGACCGGUCUAAGUCUCUACUUAAACUCUCUGAGAGAGCAUUAUCCUUAUAAGUUAGCCACUGGUCCACACAUUAUAGGGAAUGUUCUUGUAGAGGAAUCCGCGGAGAUUGGAGAAAAAUGUUUGAUUGGUCCUGACGUCACAAUUGGCCAUGGCUGCGUGGUUGAGUCCGGGGUUAGCCUCUCGAGCUGCGCGGUGAUGCGUGGGGUCCACGUGAGGGCGAACGCGCAUGUCUCGGGUAGUAUCAUUGGUUGGGAAUCGAGGAUCGGGCAAUGGAGCCGGCUCGAGAACUUGUCGAUACUUGGGAAGGAUGUGAACAUUGGCGAUGAGAUAUAUAUUGUAAUGGAGGAGUUGUGUUGCCUAACAGAGAGAUCAAUUCAAACGUAA